CUCCGCCUGAUCCUUUUCAUUUUUGCGGAACCAGUGUCGUGUCGGCUUCCCACCUCCGGCAAGGGUUACGACUUCCGAUAUGGAGAUCCUUCAUGCAGACUGCAAAUUGAAGAAACAUUGUAAAGUAUUAUGACAAAAGUUCUUUCUUUUCCAGGUUUUCAUGGUUUUAACACUACAUGAAUAUGUAGAGUCCAUGAAAUUUGAGGUUCUGGAAAAAGUUUGCAGUCGUGAGCAAUUGGAACUAGGGUACCAUCAAUUCUGCUUCGAAACCCAGAAAUAGAAAAACUGGUAUUUUUUCUACUGAACUACCAGUCCAAAACUGGGAGAUUCGCACAGAGAGCGAAUAGGGAAUCGCAGGAACGAGUAUAUCGCCUGUGUCGGCGCUGCAGCAGCUUAUGUCGUCCUCGAUGAUGAACUCGUUCAGAGUUGCUGCCGUGACUGAUCGGUUGCUCUCGCACCUGCAGUCUGGCCGUGAGAGCAAUGCUAAGGAGAUUUUCAAUCUCUGCCUCUCCCUAGCCAGAGGUAUUGAUUUUGCACUUGCAAACAACGAGAUACCAGAUAAAGCUGAAGAGUUGCCGCGCUUAUUGAAACAGAUAUGCCAACGUAAACAUGAUCUGUUCUUACAAGCUGCUGUCAUGGUGUUGAUGAUUUCUGUUAAGAAUGCAUGUAAGAUUGGAUGGUUUUUAGAGAUGGAAUCUCAAGAACUUCUUACUCUUGCAAACGAGAUAGGAAGCCAUUUCUGCAGUACAGGAGACGUUCAAAUUGGACCAAGCGAUUUUCCUUCCACGAUGUCAAUGAUUAUGGGCAGGUUCUAUCCACUAAUGAAGAUGGGUCAAAUAUUGGCUUCUCUCGAAGUUAAGCCUGGAUAUGGAGCAUAUGUGGUUGAUUUCCAUAUAUCAAAGACUAUAAGACAUUCUCCACAGGAGAAAAUACGUUUACUUGUAGUGCAAACAGACUAUACAGAGACAUCUGCUUGUAUCAUAAGUCCUCAACAAGUGAACUUUCUUUUAAAUGGAAAGGGAGUAGAAAGAAGAAGUGGUGCUUUAGUGGACCAUGGUCCACAAAUUCCAACAAAUGUUACUGGAAUGCUCAAGUAUGGAACGAACCUUCUUCAAGCUGUGGGCCAGUUCAAUGGUCAUUGUAUCAUAGUUAUUGCCUUCAUGGGCUUCUCAUCAUUACCUCAAGCUCCUCUGCUAGAAGAUUAUGUUUCGUCUGGAGCUCCUACGAUUGAUUUAGAAAAUGACAUCAUUGAGGGGCCAUCACGAAUAUCCCUCAAGUGUCCUAUAAGCUUCGGGCGCAUUGCAAUUCCUGUUAAAGGCUGCAGAUGCAAGCAUCUUCAGUGUUUUGAUUUUAGUAACUAUGUCGAUAUAAAUUCAAGAAGGCCAUCCUGGCGGUGCCCACAUUGUAAUCAACAUGUAUGCUACACAGAAUUACGUAUUGAUCAAAAUAUGGCCAAGGUCCUGAGAGAGGUGAGAGAGGAUGUUACUGAGAUAAUUAUUUCUGCUGAUGGGUCUUGGAAGGCUGUUCUUGAAAGGGAUGAUAAUGAAGAUGUGGCACAUGAUACGGAACUUCAUCAUUCAAACAAAAAAACAGAGUGUCAAGAAUCUACUAGAGACUCUACUCCUGGUUGUAUCAUCCUGGAUCUUACUAACGAGGAUGAUAAGAUGGACGCUGCAGGCUCUUAUGAAAAUGAAGACAGGAAAACUGUCCAGGCUGAUCUUCAAAAUCCAUCAGCCGUUGCAAAUUUUAUGACACAGUCAGACUCAGAUUUAAACAAUAUUAAUGUUUCUAGCCAAAAUACUGCUCAGAUAGAGGAUGACUUUUGGUCUGACCUUUUCCUUAGUAGUGCAUCUGUCGCCUCCCAUGUUAGGUCAGAUGCACAAAUCAGAAAUAGUACCUCCGAGUCCACUGCUGCGGACUUUCCGAUGCCUCCUGUCUUAACUGAUGCCAUUUCACCUGCUUGCAAUCGAGGAGCUGAGGAACAUGGAAAUAUUAUUCUGACAACCUCGGCCAUGCAAAGUCAAUUUUCAGGUCCCACUAACUUGCAAAAUGAAUAUGGGCGAUCAGCUUCUGCUCCCAGAAAUAUUACAAGGACUCCAGUCGCCGUUCAGGCCCUGCCAGCACUAUCCCAGACUCAAGCUCCAGAACAAAGAGCAAGAAGUAUCUAUACCACGCCAUCUCUUGCUUCUCAAACAUCCCUACCAGUGGCACGUAGUGUAAAUAAUUACAGCAUGGGAUCAGAUGUAGCUUCGUCUUCGGUCCAGCAUCAUACCGCAGCACAGAAUUUGAGUCUUCAAGAUCGUCAAUCAGUGCAACAAGCUACUGGCAUCCAAGCUUCAACUCCAUUCCCUGGUGCUUACAAAUACUUGACUGACUUCCAGAAUCCUCAUCUUCAGCAAGCUCUGAACCUGAGAAUGCCCCAGGGCAGGAACCAAUCUCCAUCCUUGGUCCAGUCAUCUUUUCCACAAACUCAGACACAGCAGGGGGCUAUACAAGUUAGAGUUGGCCAAUCAGGUGGAGCUGGAUAUAGCCAACCUGUCAGGUUUGCAUCUGCAAUUCCGCAAGCUGCUCAGAUGGCUACACAGUCACCAUCAGUACCUGCACAAAUUCAGAUGGUUAGACCAGUGUCUUCAUACCCAAUGAAUCCUGAUGAGGCUAGGGCAUCAAUAGUAGACCAGAGGGGGAGCCUUGGAGGAAGGAUGCACCCUGUUUCAAGAGCUGAUGAUUUGGUAGAUUUGCCAUCAGAACAGAAUUGGCGGCCGGUGAGUCGAAUGCGUGGAAGCCUCUCAGGACGGGCAUAUUCUGCUGCUCUUAGCCAGUUCAUGAAUCUGCCACCCCAACCAGCUCAAGUUUCACAAGCAUCAACAAAUCUUACAUCGCCAACAUCUAGUGUUCCCCCCCACCUUCAGGCAUUUUUUGCAAAUAGGAGUGUUCCACCCCACCUUCAAAGUCAAAACAUUCCAAGGGCUGGUGCUGCUGGUACAAGUGGACUUUCUAAUGUUCUGCCUGGAAAUUCAAUGGGGAUGAAUUGACAUCGAUUUAUACUGAGGACUGGAAGGUCACGUUAAUACUCUGCUUGUCUCACAGGUAAAAAGUUAUCCGAAAACAUUAUUCUUGUUUUCAGGUGUUCGGUGGCGGGAAAACAAAACAAUCAAAGAAAAUGUUUCAAAUUCUACACAAAAAGAAAGCCAUUUGACCCGCAAACACAACCGUGCGCAAAUUUUAUCUUGUCCAACCUAUUCUGAUCGGAUCCUUCUCUUAUGUGGUAUGGUUUGGUGAAAUUGUUAAGAGCUUUGUCAUGCUGUUAUUAGUUAGAUUAGCAUUGAUUGCUAAUAUUAGUAGUUUACAUGGGUCAGUCAUUAGCAUGUGUUUGUAUUAGUAGUCUGUUAACAUGUAAGAAUAGUCCAAGGGUCAUUUGAUGAUUUGAUGAUUGAUUAGUUGAGUCUGUGCUAUUAGCUUUAACAGCAGUUGCUUGUAUUUUAACAAACAAACUUGUUUUUGAGAUGAAAUGAAGAAGAUUCUUCAGUAA